UAAAUUUGACUUCAUAAUAGCUGGAGGUGGAACAGCCGGAUGUGUACUGGCAAACAGACUGGUGAGAGCGAAUCAUCGAGUGCUGAUGCUGGAAGCUGGAGAUGUGCAAACUUAUGAUUCAUUUUUACCAGGUACUGUAGUGUACUUGCCAAAAACUGAUGGAGCUUGGAACUAUUUAGCUCAACCAGAUGGUUAUACGGAUAGAUGCCACAAACAACGGGCCAUGUUUACACCUAUUGGAAAGAUGCUCGGAGGAUCCAGUUCUGUUAACUUCAUGAUUGCUUCAAGAGGAGUAAAACAUGACUACGAUAUGUGGGCCACAGCAGCUAAUGAUUCUUCUUGGCAAUACAAAAACUUAGUCAAAUACUUAAAUAGAAGUGUACGACACGUCGGUUCUAUAAGCAUGUAUCCACAGGUCAAUAUGGAACUGGGUGAUGGUCCAUACAUGGGUGAGGAAGGAAACAUAGGGAUAUCCCAAGACUACAGUACUGUUCUUGAUGAUUAUGUUGAAUCCUUUAAAGAACUGGGGAAUAAAAUAGUAAAAUAUCUUGGUGGUGAACAUUCCAAGGGAUACGCUCGGGGAUUGCUCACCAUAGCAGAAGGAUAUAGGCAAAGCACAGCGUUUACUUACUUGUCACCAGUAAGAAAUAAUUCAAAUCUGUUUGUGUCAAGGAGAACCGUUGUUAAUAAAAUAGUUUUCAAUAGACGAAAGAAUGCUAUUGGUGUAAGAGUAUCAAUAGACGGUGGAGAAGAAAUAUUUUUAAGAGCCAAAAAAGAAGUGAUUGUCUCAGCUGGAGCUAUAAAGUCUCCUCAAUUACUUAUGCUUUCAGGAAUAGGUCCCAGAAAUCAUUUGAGAGAAAAGAACAUCACUGUAGUCUCCGAUUUACCCGUUGGUGAAAACUUUCAAGAUCAACAAGUCGUAACGGUUUUGCAUGCAGCAAGAAAGAUUAAAGAUCCUGGCGCAUUUAACUAUCAUCUUUACCCAUCGUCAUUUAUGUUAGGGUUUAGAUCAUUAAAACUGUGUUCUGAAACUCCCGAUUACGCUACUUACAACUUUAUACAAGAGAGAUUGGAGUUCAUACUUCAAUAUUGCGGACUUCCUUAUGAUUUUCAAAAUGAUAUAUGCGACCGAUCUUAUCGGCAAGUUUUGGGAAGGCAAAAUACUUAUACACAAAUUAUAAACUUAUACCCAAAAUCACGAGGCAAAGUGACUUUGAAUACUACAAACGCUGAUGAUGCUCCGUUAAUAGAAACUGGAUACUUUACUGAAGAAGAAGACAUUAAUAAUAUGGUGGAAUAUGUAAAAGAUUUCCUUCCCCUUGUGAACACGACUUACUUCAAGGAAGUGAACGGUCGUAUAGUAGAUCCAGUUGGAGACAAGUGUAGUAUGCAUGAAUAUGGUUCUGAUGACUACUGGAAGUGUUAUGUGUACUGCAUGGCUACGAGUAUGUGGAACUUCGGUGGUACCUGCGCCAUGGGCUCUGUGGUUGACUCCAAAUUGAAAGUCUAUGGAGUCCAGCGGUUACGGGUUGUCGAUGCCAGUGUGAUGCCGACUGUUGUUGCUGGUGGCAGUUACUUGGCCACAGUCAUGAUCGCUGAGAAAGCAUCCGACAUGAUUAACGCGGAUCAUCGUAGUGAUUAAAAGUUUUUUGGUCCUUGUGGGAUUAGAAGGUCUAGGUCGAGGUCUAUCUGUGUUUGUUUCAAAAUUUUGAACAAUUGUUGUUUGAAAUUGAAAUUGGUUUGGUUUUUGUAUUUCAAAUAAAUUUAUCUUUCUUUCUCUACAUAUUAAACUUGAGGUGUAUUUUGGUAUAUAAUGAAUUAUCUUUCUUUUUAUGAUCGUAGACAAUAAUUCUUGGUUUGAUAUUCGAGUUAAAUUUUCUGGUGGGUUACUGAACUCAUGUUUUAUUUAUUUUUACUAGUAAAUUUUCAACUUAUCGCAACAAUUAAUUAGUGUUAUCGAGACAUCCAACCAGCCACAAGAACUAGGUGAUGCAUUUUGGCACCAAGUAGUUACACAUGCUUUGUUGUUAUUGCUAAGUAUAUUGACAAACAGAGAGAUAGACCAAUGGUAAAACGGACUUACUGAUGA